UAAAUAAACAAAAUAAAUAAAGUACUAAAUAAAGCACUGAAUAAACAAAAGAAAUAAAUACUAAAUAAAAAAAUAAUAAACAAAGAGGAAAAUAAAAAAAUGCUUCCUUGAGCAAAAAGCAAAAAAGUGAUUUAGUGUCUUUAGGGAAAGUGUGAAUAGUGUCUCGAGACAGUUUUAGUGGCGAAAAGAAAAGGCGAAAGAAAGAGAGAAAGGAAGCGAAAAAAAUAACACAGAGAGUGACUCGUCGAAUGCAAAAAGUGUUGAGUUGUACCACGUGGACAAGUGGUCACAUGUUGGUGUCUCGUGGAAUUUAGUUGAUCUAUUGGUGUGACCCGCGAGUGCGGGCUUAAGGCUCAAAAGUGGCUCAUACGGCGAGAGAUAGAGCGGCGGAGUUGCAGGCGGAAGUGCGAAGCGCCAUUAGAGUUUUGCAUGGCUGGUGCCCUAGACCUAGCCAGCAGCAGCAGCAGCAGCCUCAGCAGCAACAGCCACAGCAGACAAUUCAUGGACGAGGCGAAACGGUUUUAAUGUCGCCUCAAAAUCAAAUAAGAGCAACACAUCCCCUGAGACAGGGACAACCGCCGCCUCCGCCACCACCACAACCACCACCGCCUCCUUCUGUCGUUGUCAGUUCAACCUCCAGCAUGCGGCCACCGCCACCUCCACCGCCGCCGAGACCGAGACCAUCGAAUGAAGGCAAAGGUCAUCAUGAGGAGCCGACUAGCUCCAUUCCCGAUCUUGGUGAGUCUUUAGAUAUUGAGCUUUAUACUUUGAAUGGAAAAAGUGUAUGUGAGUAAAAAAAAUGAUUUUUUAUAGAAAUUAUAUUAAUGUUGAGUAAGAACCACCUGUUGGAUUGUUUAUAAUUAUCGACUGUUCGUAAAACAAUCGAGAGAUGUCGGUAGAAGGUCGAAAGUGACUGUCGGUUAGGAAGUGAACUUCCACCAUUCAUUGAAGCACUGUCUGACUUGUACUGCCAUCUACUACUUGGGGAAACCUUGCUGUGAGUCUGUCUGACUCGGUACGGAAGUUACCUACUCGUCAAUUUUCACCCUCGAAUAUAAAAUCAAUGUCUUUUUUUCCAAAGUGAAUUUCAAAUCGAUCAGAAAAUUUUGAAAGAAAGGAAACGAAAUUGAACUAA